GGGAGGUCGGAGAAGAAAGACGGCGUUCUCUUUCGCGCCGAGCGGUUCCUGCUUCCAUUCGGCCUGCCUGGAGUCUGCGGGAAUCGAGCCCUAGCGGGAGAAAGAAGGGAUAUAGCAGGACAACAACAACCGCGCUCGGGUCCUCUCAGCGCUGGGACUCCGGUCGUCGCUUUGCUUGCCCUCGUAGCCUGGCGCCAGAGGACUUCUUCGGCCUGUGAGGAUGCGAGGCUUUGGAGACCGAGGCCGAGACCGCGACCGCGGCGGGUUUGGCGGUCCACUUCCUCCUAAAAAAUUUGGAAACCCUGGUGAACGUCUCCGUAAGAAGAAAUGGGACCUGAAUGAAUUGCCUAAGUUUGAAAAAAAUUUCUAUGCUGAACACCCAGAAGUGGCCAGACUCACUCCAUAUGAGGUUGAUGAGCUAAGAAGAAAGAAAGAGAUUACAGUUAGAGGAUCAGAUGUUUGCCCCAAACCUGUGUUUGCCUUCCACCAGUGUAACUUUCCUCAAUAUGUAAUGGAUGUCUUGAUUGACCAGCAUUUUACAGAACCAACUCCAAUUCAGUGCCAGGGCUUUCCAUUGGCCCUUAGUGGUCAUGAUAUGGUGGGCAUUGCACAGACUGGCUCUGGAAAAACAUUGGCAUACUUGCUGCCUGCAAUUGUUCAUAUCAACCACCAGCCAUACUUGGAAAGAGGGGAUGGUCCAAUUUGCUUGGUUUUAGCUCCUACCCGAGAGCUGGCCCAGCAAGUCCAACAGGUAGCCGAUGAUUAUGGUAAAUGUUCAAGGCUGAAGAGUACCUGUAUAUACGGAGGAGCACCCAAAGGUCCUCAAAUCAGAGACUUGGAGAGAGGUGUUGAAAUUUGCAUUGCUACACCUGGACGUCUAAUUGAUUUCUUGGAAGCAGGGAAAACUAAUCUCCGCCGAUGUACAUACCUUGUGCUAGAUGAAGCUGACAGAAUGCUGGAUAUGGGUUUUGAACCUCAGAUUCGUAAAAUUGUUGAUCAGAUACGGCCUGACAGGCAAACUCUAAUGUGGAGUGCCACUUGGCCAAAGGAGGUUCGCCAGCUUGCUGAGGAUUUCUUGCAUGACUAUGUCCAGAUCAAUGUGGGGAACCUGGAGCUGAGUGCCAAUCAUAAUAUCCUGCAAAUAGUGGACGUGUGCAUGGAGAGCGAAAAAGAUCACAAACUAAUCCAACUGAUGGAAGAAAUCAUGGCUGAAAAAGAGAAUAAGACAAUUAUAUUUGUGGAGACAAAAAGACGAUGUGAUGACCUAACUCGAAGGAUGCGUAGAGAUGGAUGGCCAGCUAUGUGUAUUCAUGGAGACAAGAGUCAACCAGAACGAGAUUGGGUGCUUAAUGAGUUCCGUUCUGGGAAGGCUCCUAUCCUCAUUGCUACGGAUGUUGCAUCUCGUGGGCUAGAUGUGGAAGACGUCAAGUUUGUGAUAAACUACGACUAUCCAAACAGCUCGGAGGAUUAUGUGCACAGAAUUGGCCGUACUGCCCGUAGCACCAACAAAGGCACUGCCUAUACAUUCUUCACACCAGGGAAUUUGAAGCAGGCUAGAGAGCUAAUAAAAGUCCUAGAGGAAGCCAAUCAGGCUAUCAAUCCCAAACUGAUGCAGCUUGUGGACCAUAGAGGUGGUGGUGGUGGAGGAGGCGGUCGCUCUCGUUACCGUACGAGCAACACCUCCAACAAUCCUAAUCUGAUGUACCAGGAGGAGUGUGAACGACGGCUCCGGGGUGUUAAAGAUGGCCGGAGAGACUCGGGCAGCUUCCGAGACCGUGAACGCGGCGAGAGCUUUGCAAAUGGAGCCAACAAGGCCUACGGUGGUGCAUAUGGGAGUGCAAAUUCUGCGUUUGGGUCACAGCAGGGCCAGUAUGGCUAUGCCCAGGGAGCCUAUGGAGCUGCUGCUUACGGUGCAAGUGGCUAUGGGGCAGAAUAUGGUGCCGCUGGCUAUGGUGGAGCAAAUGCUGCCAAUGCCGGGAGAAACUCACAGAGCACAGGCCAACAGCAGUAUGCAGGAAUGGGCCGUUCCGGCCAGCAGCCUCAGCCUCUCAUGUCGCAACAGUUUCCUCAGCCUCCAGGCACUAACGUGAUGGGCUAUAUGGGACAGACUGCCAACUACCAGUAUCCACCACCUCCACCACCCCCUCCCCCUGCACGCAAGUGAGACCAUUUGGUUUAUCGGUGACCAGUCAAGACUUGCAAAUAAGAACCUCUUCUCCCCUUUCCCUCACCACUCCUGCCAUCCCCAUUGUGGUGUUUUCCCUUAAUGCAGGUUAGAUGUAGAGUUCACUAUCGGAUACUGUCCAUAAACAUUGGCCCCAGUCUACAUUUCAGAUUUUGUUUUUAAAAUUAGAGCUGACUGGAAAACUAACUUCUCUUUACAUGUUUUGGCCUUGCAUGUUAAGAAACCUGAAAUGAUAUUUUUUUCUCACCCCCCCCCAAAAAAAAACCCCUACAGGGCAGAUAUGUCCCAGCCCAAUUGUCAUUGUGUCUGAGGCUUGUGUAUGAAAACUUGCUGCAGAGAGGAACAAAUUAUCCAUCACAUAGACCACAAGAAAGAUGUUGUGUAAUGCUCCUUAACAGAAUAUUUGAGAUGGUGUAAUUUUUGCCUAUUAAAAUUGAGACUUUCCACAAGGACAAUUGAACCCAAGUCCUUGGAUUUGACAUAGGUGGAUUUUGAAAAUAUAAUUAGCUGUUUUGACUCAUCUUACAGUUGUUCCAAACCUCUACUCUACAGACAGGAAAAGAACCCAUUUAAUUUUGGCUAGCAUUUUUGCAGCACCUGGAUGUCUGAUCAACCCUUUGCGUAAGGGAUUUAAAGAAAGAGUGUUAGAAAAAGAGUGUUCUUUUCUGUACUUCACCCCAGUUUUCAUAACUAAAUCAUUUCAUUCUUAAUAGUUAAUUGGAUUUCUCUGUGGUACUCAAAUUACUACCAGCUAGAUUUUUCACCCAAUGAUAAUAAAACCUUAUGCCUCCCCACCUCAAGUUCCAAAUUGCACUUCAGCAGAAAAUACUGAGGAAAAUUAAGCAGUCACCAUUUACUUGGUGUAUAUGUCCUUAAUAUUGCUUCUCAUUGGGCAGAUUUCAGGAUCCUGCUGUACUGUGUAAAAUGGUUCAGUUUUUCUGUUUCAAAUUUUGAAGAUUUACGUUAGGCCAAAUGUAAUCUAACCCCCUCUUUAGUGGGGAGGAGGAAGAGAUGGCUAGUAAGUCUUGGAGCUGCAUUCACAUCCUGAUCUGACUAGGGCUUUCCUUGGCUUUUUGAGUGAGUUUCUUCAACUGUCUUUUACACUCAGCUUUUACAGGUAGGUAGCAUUUUAGGAAAGGAUGGAACUUUAGUAAACAGUUCCAUUCAAUCUUGUUGAUUUUUUUCCCCCAGGCUGAGCAAGGUUGUAGGUUAGUGAGUGGGGAGAGUGGGAUAUAAUUCUUCAAGUACUAAGGCUUAUGUCCUGUGACUUAUUAGCAGAAGGGUUGACAAGUAGUUGGCUUUUUUAGUGUAUCACCUGCCAUGUUUAGACAACAUGGCAGGAGAUCACUUGUGUACUGUACUGAUUGAGAGGCAUAAUAUAUGUGCUACAGUGUUUUCUGUUAUGGGAAAUGCAUAGUUCAAAUAAGUACAACAGCCCAGUUACUUUAUUGCAAUGUGGGGCUCGUUUAUUUUUUAAAAGGGGGCCGUUACAUUUGUAUUCCUCAGUAGAGAACAGCCCGGGGAUCGAUAAAAAAUUGUGUGUCUGCACACAACAUACAGGUAGGUUGUUGGCACAGACUGUGAGAGGGAAAAUCGCCAGUUCAAAUAGCUCUUGUUUCAUUUGACUUCUGUAAUUGUACACUGGAGAAAUAAGAAGUCUAGUAGUAAGCUUCAAUGCUAAAAAGAUGAGAAAUGAACGUUCAUUUAAAAAAACGUAUCAUGGAAUAUCUUGUUAGCUCAUGCAGAAUAUUAACAACCAUUGAAUACUUGGUAUGUUCUGGCCAUGUCCCACUUGGUGCUGCUUGGUUCCACUUUCCAGCUAAAGAGCCCCGUUGACAAAGCGGUGAUUUCCAUUGUUUCUCCAGUAAACGUUUGUCAAAAUGCCAGUCCAGCAUCUUCCCUUCCAAAUAAAUUACAGUGUGGGCUUUAAGUUGAAUGAUUUAAACUCUAAACUUUAGAGGCUUUUUGGGUCGGAUCAGUGCUCUGUUUCAACCCUUACUGGUAUUUGAACACAUUCCUGUUGUCUUAACAAAGACUUGAAUGGAAGGAUUCAUAGCUCUGGUAUUCAGGCACAGCAUACUAAAAAGCUAUGUUACUAUUAGUUUGUAAAUUGUCCUUUUGAUACCAUCUUGUUUUCUUUUGUAGGUAUGAAUAAAAAUACUUGUCAAUAAA